UCCACUCCCUCACUCCACUCGCUCCACUUCCCACUCCUUCCUUGAUCCACUUUUCUCAGUCGUCGUCACUUAUUUUCCUGUUCUUCCUCAACCUUUCCACUUCCUUACGCCUAUGUGGUUUGUUUCCUUCCCUUACUCCACUCCCUCACUCCACUCUCCACUCCUUCCUUUAUCCACUUUUCUCAGUCGUCCGUUCUUUUCCUCAUCUUUUUCUCAUGUUCUUCCUUAACCUUCCACUUCCUUACGCCUAUGUGGUUUGUUUCCUUCCCUCACUCCACUCGCUCCACUUCCCACUCCUUCCUUGAUCCACUUCUCUCAGUCCUCCGUAAUUUUUCUCACUUUUUUUCCUGUUCUUCCUACUCCUUUUCACUUCCCUACGUCUGUUUGUUGUGGUUUACUCCCUCACUCCACUCCUGCUUCCACUCCACUUGUCACUCCUUCCUUGAUCCGCUUCUCUCAGUCGUCCGUUAUUUUUCUCUUUUUUUCCACUUACGUCUGUUUGCUGUGGUUUACUCCCUCACUCCACUCCUGCUUCCACUCCACUCGUCACUCCUUUUAUCCACUUCUGUCAGUCGUCCAUUCUCUCCCUUCUUUUCCUUACUUCUUUAUAACGUCCUUCCUUCUCCUUUCCACUUUCCUACGUCUGCUUGUUAUAGGUUACUUCCACACUCCACUCCUGCUCCCAUCCACUCCACUUGUCACUCCUUCCGUUAUUCAGUCUGUCAGUCAUCCGUUUUCUCCCUCACUCCUCCUUUAUCUCGUUUUUUCCUUCACCCUUUUUUUGUUUCAUUCAUUCUGUUAUUCAUGUAUUCACUUCCGGUUUGUUUGUUUGUUUGUUUGUUUGUUUUUUUUCUAUUUGCUAUAUUCUUUUUCAUAUACCUUUUUUUUUUCACCCCCGCUCUUUCCGUCCCUUACCUUUCUCUCAAGUCAUUUUGCUCUCUACCUGUUUCUUUCUCUCCCUUCACUUCUACUUUCUAUCCGUCUUCUGUACUUUCGCUUCCUCACUCCUCUCCCCUCCUUCCCCCUCCUCCCUCUCACUUCCAGAUUCGCUGUCUCAUUCAUUGCUUUCUUUCUUUUUUCUACUUCACUUUAUUCCUGCUUUGUCCGCUCUCUUUCUUUUUUUUUUUUUUUUUCCUUCACUCGUUUUCACUCUUGUUCGUGGUUCAUAUUCUCCCUCACUCGUGGUUUGCGUAUCUCCUUCCUUCCUUCCUUCCUUCCUUCCUUUCUCCUCUCCUCCCUUGGUCACUGAUGGAUUCGUGUUACUGAAGUUUUUAUGGACACAGUUUUCAUAUGACCCUAAGCCACUCCUCCUCCUCCUCCUCCUCCUCUCCUCCUCACCUCCUCCUCCUCGUUUUCCUUGACCGUCACGCGUUCGUCACGUCUUCGUCAGGAGUAACGCGUUGUGCAGACGGCCAGGUGUUGUUCGCCCUCACGUUCUCCUCGUUUGACGGCCUCUUGCAGACUCCUGAUGUCCUUUUGUUCUUCUCAUGUCGUCUGCUCCCCGUGUCUCGUCCCCGUGUGGUGGUGGCAGCGGCCGGCGUAACUGUGGCCGCCGUCAACACACUCUGUCGCCUCUUUCUCCGCCUCCCUCCCGCCCCCAGGACACGACAACCAGGCCGCGACUCCGGGGGUGGGCGCCGCUGGGUCAGCCAAGUGGGGCGCCGCAGCGAGUCUGUUUUAUGUGGAAAACUUGCAUGAAAGUUGGUCACCGAGGCUCAGUGGGACGCGGCGGCGAUGGCGAUGCUGGGGGGGUGGGAUGGUGGUGAUGGUGCUGGUGGUGGUGUCUCCGCCUCGGCCGUCACGGAGGCGCGGCGCCGCAGCCCGAGCGACGCGGUUCAAAAAGGAAGCCUGCCAGCGCGCCUUGGCCUCGGGGAAAACAUAACUUUCCUUCAAGACCUUCUGAGGGUCGCCUCCGUGACACCACCACUGCCACUAUCAUCACCAUCACACCCCCGCCACCACCACGGCCGUGUCACAGGAAGCGGAAGGUCGCCGCGCCGGGCACCGUGCCAUCCGUGCUGACCUGCCCCGCACGCCGCCCAGAGUGCCGUGCCCGGGGUGGCAGGCUGGGGAGCGGGGCGGGGCGGGGCGGGGCGGCACCAAUCAAUACUGUACUACGCCCGCACACCAGCGUCCUGAGGGUGGCUGCGGAGCCGCCCGGGGAGCCUCUUCGUGGCCCUCACGGCGGGGCGGCAGACGGGCCCCGAGGAGCCGAGUGGUGCCCCCCGGAGCGGUGGGGGACCGGGGAGGCAGGGGGGAGGGUUCACGUUUGUUGUCUGCGAAGCCCCGCUGAGGCGCCCGCCACAUAUUGUACCCCCUGCUGAGGCGGCGGCUGCUGCUGAGGCCCCGCUGAGAGAGAGAGAGAGAGAGAGAGAGAGAGAGAGAGAGAGAGAGAGAGGUUAACUUCCGGAUAUUACGUCCACUUAGCACUCCUGUCGAUGGAUGAUAAUAGACUAUCAGAAAAUGGCGGGUAAACGCCUGAACGAGGGCAGACUCAAGUGUUGCGUGCGGCGGCAGCACGGAGGGCCUGACAGCCGCCCCUGCCCACCCCCCACCCCUUGCCCUUCCCAACUUCCCUCCCGAACCCUCCCCAUGCCCUCCCUCCCUUCCCUCCCACCCUUCCCGUCACCCUUACUGUCUUUGCAACCAUGAGUGAAAGACAGCCUUCCCUUCCCUUCCUCCUCACCCUCAUCUUCCCUCUUCUUCCUCCUCUAUCAGACAGGCUUCUCUUCCCCUCCUUCCUCCUCACUUUCCUUUUCUUCCCUCUUCUUCCCUUCCCUUCCUCCUCACCCUCAUCUUCCCUCCUUUUCCCCUCCCAUCCUCCUUCUCACCGUCAUCUUCUUCCCUCUUCCUCCUCCCUCAGACAUCACCUCACCCCUUCCUCCUCCUCUUCCUCAUCUUCUUGCCUCCUCCUCCUCCUCUUCCUCCUCCGCCAGACGUCACCUCCCUCCCUCCUUCCCUCCCUCCACACUUGCUGCGUCGUCCCUUCGUCAGCGUCUUCUGGUUCCUUCUUCCUCCUUCUCCGCCGGGCCACGUGCUCCUUGUUUUUCUUCCUGGUCGCCCUUUGUUCCCCCUCCCUCCAUCCAUCCCUCCCUAUCACCCCUCCUCCUACGUCAGCACUCGCGGCAAAAACUUCAGCUAUGGACGUCAGGAUGGGAGUGUGUUCUACUGACGGGGCGGGGCGGGGUGGGGCGUUACUGUAUCUGGGUGUAAGAGUGGAUGAGUAUUGGGGUUAGGAUGAUGAGUUAGAGAGGAGUAGGAUGAGGAAGAACUCGCUUUUUGUACUGAAUAAGGAGAGUGAUGUCAGUAACGCCCUUUCCAUUCCAUCACUCGGUUCACCUAUGCACUUGUGGUUCUUAAAAUGGGUACUUCUUGUGACAGCGGUCUAUAGGUACACUUGUGGUUCUAAAUUGGGUACUUCUUGUGACAAAAGCCUAUAUGUAUUCUUGUGACAACGGCCUAUUGGUACACUUGUUCGAAAUUAGGUACUUUUUGUGACUGGCUACACAUCACCCGCUCUAAAUUGUGUACUUUUUUUUAUGACAAGUUCCUAUACACUAGUGGCGUUAAAUUGUAUACCUCUUAUAACGACAUCUUUAGUUGCGUUUCUAGUCCUUGAUCUGUCUUAAACCCCCCCC